AUGAGCUGUUCUUUGCUGGUCUAUAUUGAUCACCUUCUUGGAGAAGGGGCUUUUGCCCAAGUCUAUGAAGUUACCCAUGGAGAUGUGAAGGAUACCAAAAAUAAACAGAAAUUUGUUUUGAAGGUCCAGAAGCCCGCCAACCCAUGGGAGUUCUAUGUUGGGACCCAGCUGAUGGAGAGACUAAAGCCCAGUGUGCAACACAUGUUCAUCAAAUUCUAUUCUGCCCACUUCUUCCAGGACGGCAGUGUAUUAGUGGGAGAUCUCUAUAGCUAUGGGACAUUACUAAAUGCCAUUAAUCUCUAUAAAAACACCCCUGAGAAAGUGAUGCCUCAAGCUCUAGUGCUGUCCUUUGCUAUCAGGAUGCUCUACAUGAUUGAACAAGUUCAUGACUGUGAGAUCAUCCAUGGAGACAUUAAGCCAGACAACUUCAUACUUGGAAGCAGAUUUUUGGAACAGGACAGGGAAGGUGAUGACUUUUCUGCUGGCUUGGCGCUAAUUGACUUGGGUCAGAGUAUAGAUAUGAAACUUUUUCCAAAAGGAACUACAUUUACAGCAAAGUGUGAAACAUCCGGUUUUCAGUGUACUGAGAUGCUCAGUAACAAACCAUGGAACUACCAGAUUGAUUACUUUGGAGUUGCUGCAACAGUGUACUGCAUGCUUUUUGGCUCUUAUAUGAAAGUGAAAAAUGAAGGAGGAAUCUGGAAGCCUGAAGGUCUUUUCAGACGGCUUCCUCAUUUGGAUAUGUGGAAUGAAUUUUUUCACAUAAUGUUGAAUAUACCAGAUUGUCAUCACCUUCCAUCUUUGGAUUUGUUAAGGCAAAAGCUGAAAAAAAUAUUUCAACAACACUAUACAAACAAGAUUAAGACCCUCCAUAAUAGGCUAAUUGUACUGCUCUUAGAAUAUAAGCAUUCUCGAAAAUAAGAUAUGGACACUGCUGAAAAAUCACUUUGUAAAUGCUGGCCUGCUCACUUUCAGCCUUAAUGUCUCCACUUUCAUUGUUUGCGUAAAUGUUUCUUUUUAAAAAGUCUGCAAAAUAUAUUCAUGUUAUUGCUUCGUUGUUAUCAAUAUUUCAACAGAAUACACAUAAUAAGGCCCCUGUGUAGCAGGGCUGCUCUUGUGACGUAAACAUUUAUGAGAAGAAUUGGGAUGUGAACAUUCUCUAAAACUGCUUAAACACUGACCUGUUCUCUGUAAGCCCGAAAGUGGCCAAAACAGCUUCCCCUCUCUCCCAAAUUUGAGGGCUUAUAUCUGUGAAAAAAUUUCCUAAACGUAUCCCAGGGACUCAGGUUGUUAUGAACAAAGGUCGCCUGUCUUUAAUUGCCUGUUCUUCAUUGCUAUAUAUGGGAAAUUUUAAAGAGAUAAAUCUUAAACUUCUUCAUUAUUUAAAAUUGCCAUUUAGAGGACUAUCUUGCAUCUUAAAAAUAGUCUUACAAGCUGUAGAAAUCUUUAAAUUAGCCCUAAAAUUAAAGCAUCCGACUUAGCAUUUAUUGAUGUUUAAAGCUGGAAGGGUGCUCUAACCUGAACUGACCUCCCCCGACCUUCCCCUCCGGUGAUAGCAUUAUGAGGAAAACGACUCUGAGGCAGCACUCAAUUCAAGAAUCCAAGCGUAUAGGUUGGACUGCUUCGUCCUCCUACACUCACUCCCACUCCUCCGUGUUCUCCAUUCCAGUGGUCACCACAACCCAUGUUCUGUGAGUUUCCUAAAAUGUUUUUGUGCAUAUUUCCAUGUAUUUUUGACACACCUAACAGACCUCUGCUUUUUUCACUUAAUGUAUAUAGUCAAGAGUAACUGUAUAUAACAUGGUCUCAUUCCUGUUAAUGGCUGUGUAAAACUUGGUUACAUAUUUGUAAAUUCCUAGAAGCAAAAUUCUGGGUUAAAAUUAGUAUUUUGUGUCAGUAUUUGCAGACUGCCCCCACGGGGGCUGUGCCAGCCUGCAUGGAAGUCUUUGUUCCCCACACCUCCACUAACAUCACAGCGCUGUGGCCUUUGCUGCUGUGACAGGUGAAAAAUAGGAUUUCCUUGUGGUCAUUUGCAUUCUCUUGUGAAUUAUGCCAAAUAUAUUUGUAUUCAAGAGCUGUGUGUUUUUACCUGAGAAUAUCCUUUGUGCACAUUUCAUUUGGAUUGUUCUUUUUCAGGUUAAUCUGCAGGAUCCCUUAGUAUGAGACACAUGUACUCGUCCCAAUUUAUCAUGUUUCCUGACCUAAUAUCUGUUCCCAUAAAAUUAAAAUCUUUUGUAUUAUACUCUA